AUUACUUUGUGGAAUGGCGCCUAUAAUGAAUAUGUAGUUGUCAUUUUGAUUUCUCCCCUGAGCCCAAUAGUUAUGGUUUUUGAAAAGAUUAUAUUAUUUGUUUUCCUUGUUUGAUUGUAAUUUGAUAUUUGUAAUACUGUCUUUAAAUCUGGUCGCAUUGUUUUUCGUUAUUUUCCUUCUCAAUUUGCGUUGGUGGUAAUAAAUUAGUUGAGUUGUUUGGAAGGAAUGUACUGAAGUUUGAGGAGUGUGGAUUUUGUUAUCAUUUGUGUUUUAUGUCUUUUUAAAAGUUUAAUUUUACAUAAUUUUGAAUUGUUUAUGACCAUUAUUGUAUUAAAUUCCCAAAAUGAGGUGCUGGGAAUUUAAUAGUGGUAUAUUUAUUUAAAAUUGUGAAUGUACAUUAUUAGAUUUUUAUGACUUGCUAUGGUGUAUUACAAUCAAAGGAAAAUUGGAUUUCCUAGACAUAUGCUAAUGGAAUAAUCUUUAAAGUUGAACAAGGAAAAAUAUAUUUUGUUUAAUUUGAUAAUGAUGGAUGUAAUUUCAAAUGGAAUUUAAAUAAACUUUACCUGAAGUUUUUUUUUUAUAUAUAUAAUUUUUAUACUUUAUGCCCCCAAUUUAAAGCCUCACUUAAUGAAAUAAGUGACAAAAUAACAAAGGAUUUUGUGAGUACAUAUAGUAUUAUCCUAUAUGAAAGAGCUGCACAUUCCAUUCAUUGUUUAGUCUAGUUGAGCAGAAUUAUUUUGUGCCAUGAUUUAUUAAAUUUGAUAUUUUUAACAUAUCUUAUAUAAACAUGAUGGAUCAAACCAAUGGUGUUUUAGUUUCAGCAUCUGAGUUUGUUAAAGACCAGUUGUAUUUUAUUACUCUUAGAACUUCAAUUAAGCCAAAAUCAACUACUAACACACAUUAUUUCAGUAUCGAUGAAGAAUUGGUAUAUGAAAAUUUCUUUUCUGAUUUUGGACCUUUGAAUCUUGCAAUGCUGUUCAGAUAUUGUGAAAAGCUAAACAGGAAAAGGAAGGCUGCUUCCCAAACUAAUCGAAAAAUUGUUCAUUAUACAACUACAGAACCUCAGAAAAGAGCAAAUGCUGCAUUUUUAAUUGCUUCAUAUUCGGUAUUAUAUUUGAAUAAAACUCCUGAAGAAUCAUUUAAACUUCUAACAGAAGGUGUUCAUAUGCCUUUUGUGCCAUUUCGUGAUGCAUCAAGUGGACUUACAGUAUGUCAGAUUAGUUUAUUGGAUUGUUUGCAAGCAGUUUUCAAGGCAUAUCAUUUAGGAUUUUUUAAUUUUGAAGAUUUUAAUGUUGAAGAGUAUGAGCAUUAUGAGAGAGUGGAAAAUGGCGACUUAAAUUGGAUUGUACCUCAGAAAUUUCUUGCAUUCUGUGGACCUCAUGCAUCUACUAAAGUGGAAAAUGGUUAUUUUGUUCAUUCUCCAGAGUUUUAUUUUACAUAUUUUAAGAAAAAUAAUGUUUCUACUAUAAUUCGCUUAAAUCAAAAAAUGUAUGAUGCUUCAAGAUUUAUUAAUGCUGGAUUUCAACACAAGGAUUUAUUUUUUGUGGAUGGUAGUACACCCAGUGAUAGCAUAUUAAAACAAUUUUUAAGUUUUUGUGAGGCAGCAUCAGGAGCUGUUGCUGUUCAUUGCAAAGCUGGACUUGGUCGUACUGGCUCUCUCAUCGGCUGCUAUAUUAUGAAACAUUAUCAGUUCACUUUCCUGGAAGCAAUUGCAUGGAUAAGAAUAUGUAGACCGGGUUCCAUAAUAGGUCAUCAACAGAGAUGGUUGAAAGAAAAACAACAGCCUAUGUGGUAUCUAGGUAAUAAGCAUAGAGAAUCAACCUUUGGAUCUGCUUUAAAAUUCCCUGUUCAUAAAUUUGGUAUCUACAGUAAAAAGUUGAAACAGCUAUCUAUUCAAAAAGCAUCUGGUUGUGAAUUGUUGCAUUUUUCAGAUACCAUUGCUAGAAUUUUGUACAAGGUUGACACUAUGAAAAUAAAUGAUAAUUUAGAUAUAAACAAUGAUGCUGGGAACGAAGGUUGUAAAGAAAAGAUUUCUGCUAAACCGUCUACAUCUGGUGUAAAGCAAUUCAGAAGCCGAAGUGCUACCCUUACACAAGGAGAUCAUUUAAAUCAAAUUAAAGCUUUAAGAAGAAAACCUCGUAUGUCACUUAGUAACUCAAGCUUACCUAAAAACAUUCGUACAAAAGAAAAUAUAGAUACACAGAGAGAUGCUUCUUUGAAAGUUUCUAAGAUUGUUGAUAAAAGUUCCAAUUCUCUUUUGCCUAAGAAGUCUCGUUCUGUUAUUACAAGAAGUGCAUUAAAAAGUGGCCGUUUAGUUGAAACAUCAGUUGAUUCUCAAAAAGAAUCAUCAUCUAAAUUAAUUGAUAAACCUAAUUCAGUUAUGGUACCAAAACGUUCUUCAAGAGUUGUGAUUUCGCGGAGGUUGCCUACAUGAUCCCAGUUCUUGAAGUUAUUUAAAACAACUAAACAAAGAACCUUUGUUUCGAGAAAUUGCUUAAUACCUUGUAGAUCUUUUGCCACCUUAACAAACCUGCUACAUCUCUGCCUGUCUUGAGCUAUUUCUUUCCAGUUAUCUGCAUGCAGCUCUAUUGCAUCUUUGUUGAUUGUAUCAAUAUUGUUGUUAAUUUAUCACCAUAAUAUUUUUUCUAAAUUUUUGUUUAAAUAAUAUAGUCAAGUUUUUGUGCAUUAAUCUUUUUUUUUUUUCCUUUUUUUUCUAGUGCACAGCAUUUUCCAUUUAUAUGAUAAAGAACUGCAGAAAUAAAAUUCUAGUAUUUUGCUAAAUCCACUUAUAAAAAAAUUUACUUAUAUCACAUUUGUGCGUUUUUUAUUUAAUUUUAUCAAAAUGUGCAUUGUAUUUAUUUUUUAUAAUGAAAAAUUGUGCCUCAUAUUAAUAAACAAUUUUUAGAAUUAUUAUUGUAGUAUUUGACCUAACUAUUACUAACUUAUUGAUUUAUUUUCACAGUUUCCACCCUGUUUAAGCU